GUUUAGGCGACCUUCGGUUUAGUGCGCGUGCGCAGGUAGUUUGUUCGGCAGCUGUGCUGCGCAAAUGGUGGAGAAGAAAACAUCUGUGCGCUCCCAGGACCCUGGCCAGCGGCGGGUGUUGGACCGGGCAGCCCGGCAGCGGCGGAUCAACAGGCAGCUUGAGGCCUUGGAGAAUGAUAACUUCCAGGACGAUCCCCAUGCAGGGCUCCCGCAGCUUGGCAAGAGGCUGCCUCAGUUUGAUGAUGAUGCAGACACUGGAAAGAAAAAGAAAAAAACUCGUGGCGAUCACUUCAAACUUCGCUUCCGAAAGAACUUCCAGGCCUUGCUGGAGGAGCAGAACCUGAGUGUGGCCGAGGGCCCCAACUACCUGACGGCCUGUGCAGGGCCCCCAUCCCGGCCUCAGCGCCCCUUCUGUGCCGUGUGUGGCUUUCCCUCUCCGUACACCUGCGUCAGCUGCGGUGCCCGCUACUGCACCGUGCGCUGUCUGGGCACCCACCAGGAGACCAGGUGUCUGAAGUGGACCGUGUGAGCCUAGUGUCCCUGAAAGGAAGCCUCAGUCCACCACCAGCCUGUGAAGUACGUGAUCAAGAGGGGUGCCCCCGGAUGGAGGGAAGAGCCACUCACUCACCCAGCACGCUGUGUCCUGCCCUAGAGGCGAGGCUUUCUUAGGAACUGUGGGCACUGUGGGAAUAAAAGGCCUGGUGCCAGGAGUCUUCUGCUUG